CCCGUGGGUCUCUCCCACCACCGAGUUUCGGGGCUCCCCUCGCCCCCCCCAGGCCAGGUGGGCCCCUGGGCCCUGCUUGUGACCGCCCCCCGCCCCCAGGAUCCACGCAGGCUCCGACACAGGUGCUGGCCAUGGAGGAGAUGACCAUCUGGGAGCAGCACACCGCCACGCUCUGCAAGGACCCUCGCAAGGGCUUUGGCAUCGCCAUCUCCGGGGGCCGAGACCGGGCUGGAGGCUCCGUGGUGGUUUCGGACGUGGUGCCCGGGGGUCCGGCUGUGGGCAGGCUGCAGACAGGGGACCAUAUUGUCAUGGUGAAUGGCGUCUCCAUGGAGACGGUCACGUCCAGCUUCGCCAUCCACAUCCUGAAGACGUGUCACAGGGUGGCUGACAUCACGGUAAAACGUCCCCGGAGGAUCCAGCUGCCCAGCACCAAGGUCAGCCCCUCCGGCCCGGGCACGUAUGCCCACAGGGGCACCCACGACGAUGACGAGGCCGAUCAGGGCCGUGGCUAUGAGGGCGACACCUCGAGUGGCUCAGGCCGCUCCUGGGACGAACAUUCCCGCCGGUCCCGGGCAGGGCACCGCAGCCGAGGGCGCAGGAGCCCGGGGGGCGGCUCCGAGGCCAACGGGUUGGCCCUGGUGUCCGGCUUCAAGCGGCUGCCGCGGCAGGAUGUCCAGAUGCGGCCACUGAAGUCGGUGCUCGUGCGGAGGAGAGAGAGCGAAGAGUUCGGAGUCAAGCUGGGCAGCCGGAUCUUCAUUAAGCACAUCACGGAUUCCGGCCUGGCCGCCCGCAGCCGUGGCCUGCAGGAAGGGGACCUCAUUCUGCAGAUCAAUGGGGUGUCCAGUGAGAACCUGUCUCUGGGUGACACCCGGCGCCUGAUCGAGAAGUCGGAAGGGAAACUCACGCUGCUGGUGCUCAGGGACCGUGGGCAGUUCCUGGUGAACAUCCCUCCAGCCGUCAGCGACAGCGAAAGCUCUCUCCUGGACGACAUCUCAGAGCUGGGCUCCGAGCUCUCACAGGCGCCCCCCUCCCACGUGCCACCACCGCCCCGACAUGGACAUCAGAGUCCAGACACCAGCCGCAGCAACUCCCCUGAGGAGAGGCGCACGUAUCGGCGGGAAAGCUCGGUGGAUUCCAGAACCGCCUCGGAACCACACUCACCCAGGCCCAGCAGCUACGACAUCUACCGGGUGCCCAGCGGACAGAGCAUGGAGGACCGUGGGUACAGCCCAGAUUCGCGGCUCGUCCGUUUCGUCAAGGGCGCGAACAUAGGAUUGAAGCUGGCUGGGGGCAAUGACGUGGGCAUCUUCGUGUCGGGGGUGCAGGAAGGGAGCCCGGCCGACGGGCAGGGCAUCCAGCAAGGGGACGAGAUUCUGCAGGUGAAUGACACCCCAUUCCGGAACCUGACUCGGGAAGAGGCUGUGCAGUUCUUGCUGGGGCUGCCAGCAGGAGAGGAAGUGGAGCUGGUGACCCAGAGGAAGCAAGACAUCUUCCGGAAGAUGGUGCAGUCUCGCGUGGGUGACUCCUUCUACGUGCGGACACACUUUGAGCAGGAGCCCUCCCCUCCCUACGGCCUGGGCUUCACCCGAGGGGACGUCUUCCACGUGCUGGACACGCUGUACCCAGGUCCUGGGCACAGCCAGAACCGCGGGGGCCAGUGGCUGGCAGUGCGCAUGGGCCGAGACCUCCAGGAGCUGGAGCGGGGUAUCAUCCCCAACCAGAGCAGGGCCGAGCAGCUGGCCAGCCUGGAGGCGGCCCAGCGUGCAGCGGGCUUGGUGCCUGGCGCCUCCUCGGCGGGCUCCAGCGCCAGGGCCGAGUUCUGGAGGCUACGGGGGCUCCGUCGCGGGGCCAAGCGGAGCAACCAUCACAGCCGUGAGGAUCUGUCAGCUCUGACCAAGCAGGGCCACUACCCGCCCUACGAGCGAGUGGUGCUCCGAGAAGCCUCUUUCAAGCGUCCGGUGGUCAUCCUGGGCCCCGUGACCGAUGUCGCUAUGCAGAAGCUGACCGCGGAGAUGCCCGACCAGUUUGAAAUCGCAGAGAGCAUGUCGCGGACCGAGAGCCCCUCUAAGAUCAUCAAGCUGGACACAGUGCGGGUGAUCGCGGAGAAAGACAAACACGCGCUCCUGGACGUGACGCCGUCGGCGGUGGAGCGCCUCAACUAUGUCCAGUACUACCCCAUCGUGGUCUUCUGCGUCCCCGAGUCCCAGAAGGCCCUGAAGACCCUGCGCCAGUGGCUGGCCCCCGCCUCGCGCCGCAGCACCCGGCGGCUGUACGCGCAGGCGCAGAAGCUGCAGCGCUACAGCGAGCAUCUCUUCACAGCCAGCAUCCGGCUGCAAGGCCUGAACUACAGCUGGUACGAGGAGCUGAAGGCCGUGAUCCGCGAGCAGCAGACCCGGCCCAUCUGGACGGCCGAGGACCAGCUGGACAGCACCUCGGAGGACAACCUAGACCUGCCCUACCGUGGCCGGGCCGACAGCUCCGCGGACCUGAGCUGUGACAGCCGCGUCAACAGUGACUACGAAACGGACGGCGAGGGCGGCGUCUACACGGACGGCGAGGGCGGCGUCUACACAGACGGGGAGGGCGGGCUGCACACAGAUGUGGACGACGAGCCCCGAGCACCAGCCCUGGCCCGGUCCUCAGAGCCCGUGCUGGCAGAUGAACCCCAGAGCCCCCCUCACCACCACCAGCGGUCCUCGGAGAACUGGGGGGCCCAGGUGGAGGGCCGCCAGCCGCAGGGUCAGUGGCGACAGGACAGCAUGCGGACAUAUGAGCGGGAAGCUCUGAAGAAAAAGUUUACACGAGCCCGAGAUCUGGAGUCCUCAGAUGAAGAUGGGUACGACUGGGGCCCAGCCACCGACCUGUGACUCUCCCAGGGAGCCAACGAGCCCGUCCUCC